AUGUGGUGGUUUCAGCAAGGCCUCUCUUUCUUGCCUGUGGCUUUGGUUGUUUGGUCAGCUGCAACUUUUGUGUUUUCAUACAUUACUGCGAUUGUCCUACACCACGUUGACCCUUUGGUGCCCUACAUCAGUGAUACAGGGACAAUACCACCUGAAAGAUGCUUGUUUGGGAUCAUGUUAAAUAUUUCAGCUUUUUUGGGUAUGGCUACCAUGUAUGUCCGUUAUAAACAAGUUUACGCUUUGAAUCCAGAAAAAUCCAAGAUCAUCAAGCUUAAUAAGAUUGGCCUUACACUAGGACUGAUGAGCUGUUUUGGACUUUGCAUUAUUGCAAAUUUCCAGGUUUGUGCUUUGCUUGCAAUACACGUGGUUGGAGCCUGUCUGACAUUCGGAGUAGGGGCCAUUUAUAUGCUGGUUCAGACCGUCCUAUCCUACCUGAUGCAGCCAGAAGUUCACAGCAAAGACAUCUUUUGGAUCCGUCUGACCGUGUUACUCUGGUGUUGUUCAAGCAUUGUGAGCAUGUUUGUGUCCUCAGUUGUAUUAUACAGUGGCCUGUACGGAACGAAUCUAGUGCAGAAGUUGCACUGGGACCCACAGGAAAAAGGCUACACAGCUCACAUCAUCAGUACCAUCUCAGAGUGGUCAUUAGCAUUCUCCUUUCUCAGCUUUUUCCUCACCUAUAUCCGUGACUUUCAGAAAAUUUCCCUGCGUGCAGUUGUCAGCUUGCAUGGGCAAACCCUUUAUAACACUCCGCAGAGCUUUGGGACUGACGAGCAGACACUGCUGACAGCAGGGAGCAUCUAAUGAAGGUGAAGAGAACAUGUUCUCAGCAUAACUCAGGAAUUUAAUAGCAAUAACGGUUGAUAUUUCUAAGCAUUUAUUUUAUAUAAAAAAUGUAUGAAAUUGUAUGGUACUUGACAUAAAGGGCUUUGCUAUUAACCCACAGAGCAAUGCAAAUGUUACCAGUAUUGUAAACAAGCCUGUAACAUUUCUACACAUGCCAAUGUCAUGAAAUAAUUAAAUGAAGUUUAUUAAA